AUGCUCGUUUGCUCGAGAGGCGAGCUCCCUGAGAGGAGUUCCCCUGCCAGCAAGAAGGAUAAGCGUGGACUCAGGAAGGAGGAGAAGAAGAAGAAGGCGGAACAACAAGCUGCCAUUACUGAGGCGAACAGCCAAGCAGAACACCGCACUUCAAUUUUUGCCCAGCAGAAUGAGUCUGGAGCCGCCCCUUCUGGAGAAACGAACCAGGAAGUGACUGCCGGUCCACAAUCUAUUGUCCAGAGCGAUCCUGAAGCUGCCACCGAUGAGAAGACCACCCAAGUUCCAGCCGCCAGCCCGGAGUCAGAGCAGGUAGACCAGUCCCAAUCUGCCGCUGCCAAUGAGGCCACUCAACUCACCAACGCCAACGCCACUCCAGGCUCGGAGCAGCCAACUGAGCGCUCGCCCACCGACAACCGCCUCAAGCCUCUCGCCGACCUCAACCCCUUCGAGAAUGGAACACCAACUCUCCGCACCAGCUCCAUGAGACCACCUUCCGUCUCGGAGCUCGUUGCCGCAGGAGAAGGCCACAAGACUCUCUGCAUGUCCCUUAGAACGACUUCCGCCUGGAUCUUGAAGCAAUGCGAAGUUCCCGGUCGUGUUCCAGACGGCAUGCAAGAGUCGUGCGCCGCAUGGAAGCUGAUCCAGAGGCAGUGGUCGUGGGUUGAAGGUCUUCGUAUUGGGAUCUUGAGGUAUCUAGUGUGGAGGUGCCUGAAGGAUGCGUAUGAUCUGCUGGAUAGCAUGGAGGCCGAGGCCGCUUUAGUUGCUUCUCGAAGCCAGGAAGCUGAGGAAUCUAAUGAGGAGGGGGAUGAGGAGGGACAGGAAGGAGAGGACGAAAGAGAGGACGAAGACGAGGUAGAGGAAGAAGAUAAGGUGGAUGGGGGUUUUGGAGCAGUGGAAGACGACGUCCAAUAUGGUGAAUGGCCAGCAAAAGCCGUGGAGGCUGGGCUGUUCUCCGCAUCACCAGCCAGCGCAAUGUCGGACUCAGAACCACCAUCGCCACCCAGAUACAAGCGCGCCGGCCUCAGAAGCAGAGUUAUGCUAAAGAACCCACCUGAGGUCGCAGAUGACAGCGACUCCGAAGAUGACAGCCCAAAACAAGAGCCACCAAGCGACGAUGACCCCGACAGCGACAAACGAGAAAUCCCCGAAGACAUCUGUCCCUUCCUCGACUGCAACAACAAAGAUCCCGACCCCGCCAGCAUCAAAUUCUUCAGCGUCUCUGACCUCGUCCGCUGGAAGAUCUCCCACCACGAACUCAUCAGCUCCAUGGGUAGUAGUUCGGGAUGGCUCAUCAGGCGAUGCAAGAAAGCGAGCAAGUCCACGCCACGAAUGGAGGAGCUCCAUGCCGCCUAA